AAAAGAUGUUAUUAUGUUCGGUGGGAGAAGGUGGUGUACGAGUUAUAAGUGAACCUAACAGAAAGUUUGUUUAAGUUAACUACUUGUUACAUUUACAUUUACUUAUUCACCCUAACAUACAGUCAAAUAGUGGAUUUCCGUUAGUUCCUUGAUCAAAGAUGGGUGUUCCGAAUGCCCGAGGCGAUAGUUACCGAAUGGCAACUCAGAAGAAAUCUAAGAAAUCGUUAAAGAAAGAUGACUUGAACGAACUCAAGCAGGAGCUGGACAUGGACGAACAUCGGGUAUCACUCGAUGAGCUAUACUCCCGGCUCUCCACUGAUCCAGUAAAUGGCUUGACAGCUGAACAGGCCAAAACUCGGUUAGAACGUGAUGGGCCCAAUGCACUGACACCUACAAAAACAACACCGGAGUGGGUGAAGUUCUGUAAAACCUUGUUUGGUGGUUUUUCGCUGUUGUUGUGGAUUGGUGCUGUUCUUUGCUUUAUCGCCUUCUCAAUCGAGAGUGGAACUCAUGAAGACCCCCCAAAGGAUAAUCUUUAUCUUGGCAUUGUCUUAUCAGUUGUCGUUGUGGUCACCGGCUGCUUUUCAUACUACCAAGAAUCCAAGUCAUCACGUAUAAUGGAGUCUUUUAAGAAGAUGAUUCCACAGACUGCACUUGUUAUUCGAGGAGGAGUGAAAAUCGAUGCACCUGCUGAAGCCUUAGUCGUUGGUGAUUUAAUCGAUGUAAAGUGUGGUGACCGUGUUCCUGCAGAUAUACGAAUAAUUUCGGCAAGUUCAUUCAAAGUGGAUAAUUCAGCAUUGACUGGUGAAUCUGAACCUCAGUCACGUACAGCUGAAUAUACAAAUGAAAACCCGUUGGAAACAAAGAACUUAGCCUUUUUCUCAACGAAUGCUGUUGAUGGUGCUUGUCGUGGGAUAGUUGUGAGUACUGGUGAUCGUACUGUUAUGGGUCGUAUUGCAAAUUUAGCCUCGGGUCUGCAAAUUGGUCAAACUCCGAUUAACAAAGAGAUCAGUCAUUUUAUCCACCUGAUUACAAGUGUUGCAGUAUUUCUUGGUGUUUCAUUUUUUGUUAUCGCUUUCAUUUUGGGCUAUCAUUGGCUGGAAGCUGUCAUCUUUCUGAUUGGUAUUAUUGUGGCAAAUGUUCCUGAAGGUCUAUUGGCUACUGUGACGGUAUGUCUAACACUGACUGCUAAACGGAUGGCUAGUAAAAACUGCUUAGUGAAAAAUUUGGAAGCUGUUGAAACUCUCGGUUCAACAAGUACUAUAUGUUCAGAUAAAACUGGUACGCUGACGCAGAAUCGUAUGACCAUAGCGCAUAUGUGGUUCGAUAAUAAAAUUUUUGAUGCGGAUACAACUGAUGAUCAAUCAAUCGCCACAUACGACAAGAAUUCACCGACAUGGAUAGCUUUAGCACGUAUUGGUAUGCUUUGCAAUCGAGCUGAAUUUAAAGCUGGUGAAGAAAACAAACCAGUUCUGAAACGAGAAUGUAAUGGUGAUGCCUCAGAAUCAGCUUUGUUAAAGUGUGUUGAACUUUCAUUCGGUGGUGUUACAGACUAUCGGCGUAAAAAUCCAAAAGUUGCUGAGAUCCCCUUCAAUUCUACAAAUAAAUAUCAGUUAUCAAUUCAUGAAACAAAUGAUGGGGACGAUCGUUAUCUGUUAGUUAUGAAAGGUGCACCUGAACGUAUACUUGAUCGUUGUGGCACAAUUUUGAUUAAUGGCAAAGAAGAAAUUAUGGAUGAAGCAAUGCGUGAAAAUUUCAAUAGUGCUUAUCUAGAACUAGGUGGGAUGGGAGAAAGAGUACUUGGAUUUUGUGACUAUCGUUUGCCAGCGGAUACAUAUAAACGAGGUUAUGCAUUCAACGUGGAUGAACCUAAUUUUCCAAUAACUAAUUUACGCUUUGUUGGCCUAAUGUCCUUAAUUGAUCCGCCUCGAGCAGCAGUACCAGACGCGGUGGCUAAAUGUCGAUCAGCUGGAAUUAAAGUUAUCAUGGUAACUGGUGACCAUCCAAUCACAGCAAAAGCUAUCGCUAAAGGUGUGGGAAUUAUUUCAGAGAAUUCAAAAACUGUAGAAGAUAUUGCAGCUGAACGAGGUAUUCCAAUUCGUCAGGUCAAUCCACGUGAUGCACAAGCCUGCGUAAUUCAUGGAUCAGAUCUACGUGAAAUGACCCCUGCACAAAUCGAUGAUAUUUUAUUAAAUCACUCGGAAAUUGUUUUUGCUCGUACUAGCCCUCAACAGAAAUUGAUUAUAGUUGAAGGAUGCCAACGACAAGGUGCAAUUGUAGCUGUGACAGGUGAUGGUGUAAAUGAUAGCCCAGCUUUGAAACAAGCAGAUAUUGGUGUUGCUAUGGGUAUUGCUGGUAGUGAUGUGAGUAAACAAGCUGCAGAUAUGAUUUUAUUGGAUGAUAAUUUCGCAUCGAUUGUAACUGGUGUUGAAGAAGGUCGUAUCAUUUUUGAUAAUUUGAAAAAGUCAAUAGCCUAUACAUUAACAUCGAAUAUUCCUGAAAUUACACCAUUUCUAAUAUAUAUCUUGGCUGAUAUCCCACUACCAUUGGGUACAAUUACAAUUCUCUGUAUUGAUCUUGGUACUGAUAUGAUCCCAGCUAUCUCACUAGCUUAUGAAGAAGCUGAGGCUGAUAUCAUGAAACGUAUGCCUCGUGAUCCAUUACAUGAUAAACUUGUUAACGAACGUUUAAUUUCAAUGGCUUAUGGUCAAAUCGGUAUGAUUCAAGCUUCUGGUGGUUUCUUUGUCUACUUUGUUAUCAUGGCUGAGAAUGGAUUUUGGCCAUCACGUUUACUUGGUAUUAGACGAGAAUGGGAUUCGAAAGCCAUCAAUGAUUUAGCUGAUUCCUAUGGACAAGAAUGGACGUUUAAUCAACGUAAACGCUUAGAAUACACAUGUCAUACAGCGUUUUUUGCAUCGAUUGUCAUUGUUCAAUGGACCGAUUUAAUGAUAUGUAAGACACGACGUAAUUCAAUUUUCCAACAAGGCAUGUGGAAUCAUCACCUAACCUUUGGUCUUUUCUUUGAAACUACCCUGGCCAUAUUCUUAUCCUAUUGUCCUGGUUUGGAUAAAGGUCUACGUAUGAUGCCUAUGAGAUUCACUUGGUGGCUUCCAGGCUUGCCAUUCAGUCUUCUCAUAUUUAUUUAUGAUGAAGUGAGAAAGUUCCUACUCCGGCGGUUACCUCCUGGAUCAUGGCUUGAAAAAGAAACAUAUUAUUAAUUAGUAGUUCUAGUAGUGGACAAAACAUUCUAUAUUGUGUGUUGUCAUUGUGUGUAUGUGUGCGUGCGCACCUGUAGUUUCAACGGAUUGAUACUGAUUCCAUAUUCAUGUUUUUAACAUCCUUUACAUUUGUCUCUCCUCUUUAUUCUCCUCUUUCCAAAAGAAGAAUUUCUUUCUCAGAAGCUCUGCUACUCUAAUUUAGAUUUGCAUAUCUGGUAGAUUGCAUUGACCUUCUUCACACACACCUAAUGCUGUUUACUUGUAUCUGCGUGUGUUGUACUCACCGUCCGCUUAAACUGAUUGCUAUGUAAGUGUAUUUUAUGUCUUAUAUUGCUUAUUGAAAUCAGAAUCUCUAUCUCUCCUCAAUCCAGUGUAAAAGUCAAGAUUUCUCCCUUUCCCUCCCCGCACCACCACUAUUCCCGUUUUCCCUCUCUCUCUCUCUCGGGAUUUGAUCGUGCUAUAAAUUUAUCUGUAUACCGACAUUAGUAGCGAAUAGUAUGUACUCUCUUGAUUCAUUGUUUAUUGAUUAUUGAUAAAUCGAUUGAUAGGUAAAUAGAUGGGAUAGUAAUGCGCCUUACAAUAUUAUAAGUAAUUUAAAUUGUCUUUUACUAUCUAUUACUCCCGUCAUUAUCACCACCACCACUGAUAAUAGUAAUGGUAAUAAAUGUAGCAGUCAUAUUUGUACUAGUAAUAAUAAUUAUAAUAAUAGUAAUAAGAUCUCUCUUUUUUUCCUUUUAUUUUAUUUUGUUCUGUUGUGUUUUAUACUUUCUUCAGGCGUUUAGUACGCUUUCUCUUUUUAUCGAUCAAUCUGUGUGUAUGUGUGUGUUAUUAUUUAAAAUUGGUUGUUUUAAUCCCCUUCGCUUCAUUGUACAUUUAAUAUAUUGACUUGUUUGUUUGUUUUGGGGGGUUUUGUUUUAACCGCCCAUCAUCACGUCUUGUUAAGUAGAAGAUUUACUAUUUUAAUUAUUAUGAUAUGUUAUUAAAACACCAUGAUUAUCAUCAUCACUAUUGUUUAUUUACUAAAGAUUGUUUGGUCACUUCUCUUCACAACUUUGCUUUUUACUAUUUCUCUCUUUUUUCUUUCCGAGUAUAUCUGAUGUGAUGCAGUAUAUCAAUGAAUCGCCAAAUUAUGCAAUUAACUCACAUCUUGCUUAUUUCUCCAUCUUGGUAGAAUGUUUGAUUUUGAUUGUGAGAUUGAGAUAGAUAGGAUAGUUGCAGACAUUUUAUGAUGGUUGGUUGGUGUUUGCAUGUGUGUGAGGUGAUGUUUGAGCAUUGUCCCACAGCGUAUCUACAUACAGGUGGUAUCCACCGUGUCUUCUUUUGUACCGACCAACCAGUUUAGUUCUCCUUUUUUCUAGUACGUACUAUGAAGGGAUUGUGCAUUUGAAUGAGUCCAGAGUGUACACAACACCAUCACCAAUGCCACUGCUGUAACUGGCUGACAGAAGCAAUAAUCAUUGUUAGCAAUGUGAUAUCACUUUGAAUCCACCCAAUUGUAUGUUUAUUUCUUCGAUUAAAAACAAUUCUAGAUAGAUAGAUAAUCAUAUUCAUCCAUCAGUCAAAGCAGCAGAGAUGACUUUGUUAUUGCUGUUGUUCACGUUUUCUCCUUCUUCACCUUUUUGUUCGUAUAUAAUAACCACAAUAAUACUUUUCUUCCAAACUAUCAUAUAACAUCUCAUCGUAAUUACAGCUUUCUUUUACUAUUGUUGAAUAAUAAUAAACUAGGUUAGUAGUGAUUGAUUUUUAAUAUAUUAGGAAUUCCAUCAUGAUCAUCACCUGGAGAUGAUGCUCGUACUCUGUGUUUGUGUGUGUGUGUGUGUACGACUCGAAAUUCGACUUCUCUUCCUUUUUUCUUUCUCCGUCUUAAUAAUAUCAUUUCAUGCGUACUGUUUGUUUUUUGUUGUUUAUUUUCCCUUUACCAGAUGGCGACUUGGAAACGAAGUUUCACUUGUGUUUUCUUCUUUCUCUUCUCUUUCAGAUCCCCUAUCAAAUAGAUGUUUGUAGUUUACUUACAAUUAGAUAAACAUUUUCUGGCUUUUUUUUCCUUCCACUAGUUACAUCAUUCGCCACAUCACUAUCUCGACCAUUGACAUCGGACUGAUAGUAUUGGUUCACUUAGAGUAGCAGUGAGUGGGUGAUAUUCAUUGUGAUAAUUAAACACCUACUAUAUGAUAACGCUGUGCUGUUUCUACACAGGAUGAUGGUGGAGAAGCAAACUGAAGGCAAACAUCUCUGUCUGUUUAUAUAUGAGUGUGUGUGUGGGCACGCGAGUAGCUAUCAUCAGGGUUAUCGACUGGUUAGUUAAACGCGCAGUGAAUUUUGGAUGGUCAUCUGUCUUAUUGCCCUGCUACCGCCGCUGCUGCUGCCUACCUAAUUAAAUCAUGUGAUUUUAUUCACGGGUUACAUCGACAACUGUAUCAACAACUAAAAUGAUAAUGGUAGAAUUAACCACAAAAAGGGAGAAUUGCUCUCUUUUCUGCACCGAGCAAUUAUCAUCAUCAUCACCAGUUUGCUCUCUUUUCUCAUUCACUUUUGGUCCUUGAUUUGUUCACUUGUUUUUUGUUCUGUUUUUUUGUAGGAUUCUGAAUAAAUAGGAUUUAUGUUUCAAAAACAGAUAGAUUGAUUAUUGUUUUCAUUUUUUCAUCCAUUGGCCCAAAAGAAUAUCAUUGUUGUGUAUACUGUAGUAUAUUGGACUUCUUUUUACAUAGGUUCACUGUGAUUCAGUUACCGGAGUGGAUGAUUCCACUAACAUUAUGAUGUCUGUCGCGCGUUUUAAACAUUUUGUUUAUAUUGUUUAUUGAUACUUAUAGUUUCUCCUUGAUAUACUGUGUCGAAUUGAACGACCUCUGUUAGUAGAUGGGCUACUAUGCGGAUGCCUUGAAAUGAUGAUGGCUUAGUAGUUUUAGCAACUGGAAAUUUUAAGUACUAAUAAACAGUAAAUAGUACCCGCUACAAUGUUGGUGGCUAUUGUAUCUCAGUUAUCCAGUGGAUAAUGCUUUGGAGUUUGAAGCGAUGGUUACUGGGAAUAAAACUACUCACUGGAGUACAAGUACAUGUAGCUGACGAAUCCGAGGUUGGUCGAAACGCGCGUGAAGCUGGAUUUUUCUGCUAGCCACCAAGCAGACAUCUGUACAUAUAUGAGUUUGUUCAUUUCUCAUUCGGUCAUGGUUGUUAAAGCUUACCAACGGAGGGGAUAGGAUUUAUUUUGCGCGCGUAAACGUAAAAGUAGUAUACUGUUUAACUAAGUGUCUUGGGUUGACAACAAAUCUACUAGAAAUUGGACAGAAUGUAAGACGUUUGAAACCAAUUUAUGCGUGAAGUCUAAAAUUUGAAUAUCUUUAUCUUUCUUUAGCCGUGUGCAGAACCUGUUAAAGUAGACAACGUAACUUCAGGACCAUGUACAUGCAUUACGAAAUGAAUGACCUAUACCUAUUGCAUGCGGGCUAGACAUAGCGCCUGUCUGUAUAUACUUUAGUGGGUGAAGCAUAGUUCAAACCUAUGACUGAAAGAAAUCAGCUUUCUUCGAUAAAGACAUGAAUUUUGUGCCAAGUAUUUCCAGAAUAGUCAUCUGAUCUAUGACCAUACGCUUGAAAGCCAC